AUGAGGUGCGUGACCGGCGACGGUGGAGAUGAGGCUCCUCAGGCGCCUGUCAACAGCAGUGCUAGCGACACGAUGUCACUUGCCUACAGGGGAAAUGCCGACGACAUCAGACGAAUUCGCAUAAAAAUCGGUCACAUCGGUGCUCUGAACGCAUUGCGUAACGAUGCAGUAGUACUUGAACUGUCGCGGAAAUCGCUCCGUAAGGAGAGAAUCCUCGAUGAUGAUUUCGAUGUUGAGCUUGUGUCACAAAAUGGCUGCGGUGAGUCGUACGAAGGAGUCGCCGUGGCGGCCGACAUGUACCAUCUUCAAAAAGUGAAAGUCUUCAUUGGACCUUAUUGCGAUGCA